AUGGAAGUAAUUUCUGGGAGAUUCAGGUCGACUCUGAAUCCGUACGCCGCUCCGUACGUGCCCACCGCGUACCGCUCCGUCGAGGACUUCUCCGACGAGUGGUGGGGCCUCGUCAAGUCCGCCUCCCUGCGGUUUUUGGGUGUGUGGCCUUUAACGGGAGAAGUGUUUUGCAGAGGAGAGGGAAAUGAGGGAGAGGAAGUUGGAGCUGGCGAAGUUGGGGGCGGAGAGGUGGAGGGGCCCGCGGGAGAUGAUGGUGGGGUCCAGAUGCCGGCGACUCUGCUGUUUAAAGAUAUGGAGAUAAUUGGAAGGGAUGCGGUGGUUUUUGUUGGAGAUGGGUCUCGAGAAAUUAAUGGAGAAUGA